UUUGCAUGAUCACUUUCGUUUUCCGCGUAUCAGGCAAUUGAAAUGCUUGCACGCACAUUGAAAGCUUUCCGCCAUGGAGCCACCUCGAACGUACCAUCGUACCGCGGCAUGGCCACUACCGUACUGGACAAAAUUGCCUACACGGCUCACGUGGAAACAACCGGCGGUCGCGAAGGACACGCCAAGUCGACGGAUGGGGGCAACGUCGACAUCAAGCUUGGCGCUGCGGGUGUGAACCCUGAACAAUUGUUUGCUGCGGGAUACUCUGCUUGUUUCCUUGGCGCGCUCAAGCACGUCGCCGGAAAGGAAAAGGUGGCGCUUCCGGAUGGGUCCAAGAUCAAUGCGAGCAUCGACCUUGGACCGAUCCCAACGGGAUUUGGCAUCGGCGCCAAGCUGGAAAUCCACUUGCCCGGUCUGGACAAGGCGGUCGCUGACCGCUUGGUGAAAGCCGCGGACAUUGUGUGCCCCUACUAUCGAACGCGAUCCAGAACAACAUUGUCAAGGAACUCGUCGUCAAGGUCUAAUCAGCCACCGCCGCCGCACUUUUUUACUCCCCCUAGUACAUCUGUGUAUAGUACUACUAGUGUCAAAUUAUUUUUACCCGUGUAAAUACUGUAAUCAAGUGAACUAUAUUAA